AUGUCGCCUAAAUUCGCACUUGCAAUUCUGCUCUUCAGCUGCGUUCUCCUGGGAAUUGCGAACGCACAGCUAUACCGAUACCCGCAGCAACAAGUCUAUAGAAGGCCAUACGGUGCUCGGACUUCAGGUGGCUCCGGUCCAUUGCCGCCAAAUUAUCCCCCACCGGAAAACGCUGACCCGCCACCAGGACCUCCUUCAGAGCCAUUGGAUUGCAUGCCCAAUCAACUGGCAAGCAAAACUCCUGACAACAAGACACCAAGACCCAGACCCCAACGCUAA